AUGGGCAUCAAUCCUGGACCCCCCAUCAUGAGUAGAGAGGAAUUUGAAACUCGGAAAGCUGAUCUAUGGAGGAAGCGUGCAACGGAAUCUGUUGCUGCAAAGGUACUAUCAAUAAAGGCCAAUUGCUCUAUGUACUUCCAUGAAGGUGAGACAAGAUUUAAUAGACCUGAACGAAACUAUGAUGGGCCUAUUGAGGCAGCACAAGAUGGAAACUUGUUUGUAUUUAGGCAAAAAGUUCGUGGAUUAGGAGCUGCAAUUAAUGAUGUGUUGAAUUUAGCGGAUUUGAAAAAAGUUCGAUGGUACGUGUUGAAUAAUUGUGAUGAAGUUCGACCAUAUAUGCUGCAAUACAUGGAUGAACUUGAAGGACAAGGUUUGACAAAUAUGCAAGAGAGGCUAGAAUCAGAGUUCCAUACAUGGUUUCUAAAAUACGUCACAAAGCUGCAAGUUGAAGGGACAAUGGAUGCUUCCAAUCAACUUAUGAACUUAGCUCGAGGUCUCGAUUACCGAGUGACACGCUACAAUGGUUGUAUCAUCAACGGGAUUCGGUUUCGCACUCAAGAUUGUGACAUGUACCGAAAAACUCAAAAUAGUGGCGUGGUUGUGAAGGGAGAUCAUAAAGGGAAACCUAUUGAUUUUUAUGGUGUUAUUAGAGAGAUAAUUGAGUUGAAAUAUCUAGGUGGGAAUAGUGUGUUUCUUUUUAAGUGUAAUUGGUGGGAUGUUGGUAACGAAAAAAUUGGAAUAAAAGUUGAUGAGUUUAACUACAUUAGUGUAAAUGUUACGAAGACUUGGUACAAAGAUGAACCAUUUGUGUUAGCAUGCCAAGCGGAACAAGUGUUUUAUUUGAAAGAUACGAAGUGGGGCAAUAAUUAUCGAGUUGUACAAAGAGUAUUACCACGGGCUAUUUAUGACAUCUUAGUGAAAGAGAAUGAAGAGGAAGCGGAAGAGGAAGACAAAGACAAAGAUGAACCAUACCAACAAUUUGAGUCGUAUGGACUUGGGGAUGUGGUGCAGAUUGAUGAUCAACCCAUAGAAUUAUGCAAAGAAGACAUGGAAAUGAUAUGUGUUGACAUUACUGGCGAAUUUCACGAGGAGGAACUUGAAGUUGAUGAUGAAGUGCUCAUUAAUGAUAAUAAUGCGGAUGAUGAUGACACUAACAUGGAUGAUCAAGUUGAUGAUGAUAUGAUUGAUGAUGAUAGUGAUCCGGAAGAUGAAAUUGAUGAAGAUUAUAUCUAUCGAUGAAUAUUUUGUCUUGUUUCCAAAUGAUUUCCAU